CGACCAAUGACCUCAGAGCAAGAAAUAAGAUAGGCGUCUCCGCGAUUUCUUCUGAUGGACCGCGUUCUCGGCCAAUGAGAGAAAAUCUAGAGAGAAGGACGCAGAAGAGAGCAACUUGCAGCAGCACUUGUAACCCUUCAGCAAUUGGGAGUCAGAGAAGCACGCCGUCCAAUUAUUGUCACAAGCUUGUAGGGCGGAGCUUUAUCUUGAUCGGCAGCUCCUGAGACGAAUGCGUCGCGAGAGUGUUGAAAGAUCGCCCAACAGAAACCGAGAAGGGCUGGAAUGGGGGGGAGGUCUCCUUAAGAUUGUCAGGAAAGGUAGCGAAUCGGCGCCACCGUUGCUGAGCACCGCCGAAUCAACGCCGUGGAGGGCGGCCCUCGGUGUGUUUGGGUUCGUGUUCCUCCAGGGAGUGAGACGGCGACGACGACGACGAGGAAAGCUUUUUUUUUUUUUUUUUGGUGGUGUUUCUCCCCGCUCCCUCCCCCCGCCAUUUGUUUUGAUCUUCGUAUCUGGUGGUUUGCGUUUUCCCGGCGGGUAAAACGGGCGGGAUAAGCGGCUCCUGCAGCAGCGGCGCGGAGAAGGAGGUGGGCUCCGCCUGUGCAGCGCGGCGGGCGAAAAGGCGACAGCUCGAGCUCCUGGUCGUGGCUUGACUUUUGCACUGAAUGUAGCCAAGACGGAUUCUUUUGGGCUUCAGUAGCCCUGAAAAGCUGUCAAGGCAGAAUUUCGUAUUUCAGCAGAGUUUUGCACAGAUUCUGUUCCCAUGCAAACUGAUGAGGGAGAAAUUUUGGAGGAAGACAAUUCCAAGGACAAACAGUUGAAAACUGGAGAUAAGUACUGGCAGGGAAAAGGGGCCAUGUAGGACAGUGUGUGUUUUGCUCCAUCAAUGCUGACCUACAAUGCUUGCCUUCGCAGAUGGAACAUGAGGAUUUUGUAAUGGAAGGGCAUGGCAAGACUCCACCUCCUGGUGAAGAAAACAAACAAGAGAAGGAGCAAGAAAAGGAAGAACAGUUAAUGGAAGACAAGAAAAGAAAGAAAGAGGAUAAGAAAAAGAAGGAAUCUACUCAGAAGGUCACAGAUCAAAAAACCAAAGUGCCCGAAGCGACGAAACCAAGUUUAAGCCAACCAGUGACCGCCAGCCCAAUUGGCAGCUCUCCAUCGCCACCAGUCAAUGGUGGCAACAAUGCCAAAAGGGUGGCAGUGCCGAACGGUCAACCGCCAAGCGCCGCCCGCUACAUGCCUCGGGAGGUGCCGCCGCGAUUCCGUUGCCAGCAGGACCACAAAGUGUUACUGAAACGUGGGCAGCCCCCUCCGCCAUCCUGUAUGCUCCUUGGGAGUGGAGUAGGGCCGCCUCCUUCUCCAGCACCUGGAGCAAAUCCAAACAACGCACAACCAGUAACAGGAGUGCUGCUGCCGUGUGACAGUGGGACUGCAACAGAUUCAACAACUGGAGGUGCUGCUGCUUCAAAUUAUGCAAAUUCCACUUGGGGUCCUGGAGCCUCCUCCAACAGCACCAAUGCCAACCCAACUCACAUCUGGGACAAGGUGAUUGUAGACGGGUCUGACAUGGAAGAGUGGCCUUGUAUAGCCAGCAAAGAUACUGAGUCUUCUUCCGAAAACACCACAGACAACAACAGUGCCUCGAACCCUGGCUUGGAGAAGAGCACUCUGCCAGGAAGCACCACUAGCAACAAAGGAAAAGGAAACCAGUGCCAGUCUGGAAGUUCUGGUAACGAAUGUAAUCUUGGGGCCUGGAAAUCUGAUCCUAAAGCUAAAUCUGUUCAAUCUUCCAACCCUGCAGCAGAGAGUAACAGUGGUCUAGCAAGCUGGAGGAACUUGAGUGGGCAGGACAGAAUUGGUCCCAGCUCUGGCUUCAGCAACUUUAACCCAAAUAGCAACCCAUCUGCUUGGCCAGCACUGAUUCAAGAGGGCAAUCCAAGGAAAGGGACUUCAGAAUCUGAUAAUGGUGUUUCCAAUGCACAGAUUAGUACAGCAGGUCAGACUUCUAGGGAACAGCAGUCAAAGAUGGAAAAUGCGGGUGUUAACUUUGUCUCUGGCAGAGAGCAGGCUCAAAUCCACAACACUGAUGGACCAAAAAAUGGAAACACUAACUCCUUGAACUUAAAUUCACCAAACCCAAUGGAGAAUAAGGGAAUAUCAUUUGAAAUGGGCUUUGGGAACCCCUCCAGGAGCACUGAUGCCUCUUCACAAAGCACUGGAGAGAGAAAGACUGGGAGUGUUGGGUCUUGGGGUACAGUUAGGGGGCCUUCUGGAAUAGACAGUGUCUCUGGUCAAAGCAAUUCUGGAAAUCAUGGGAACAAUGGAAAGGAUAGGGAGGACUCAUGGAAAGGAGUGUCUGUUCAAAAAUCGAAUGGGUCAAGAAAUGAUUCUUGGGAUAACAGUAACAGGUCUACGGGUGAUGGGUCUUGGACCUUUGGCCCUCAACACUCUAGUGAAAGCAAAUGGAGUGAAGGGAACAAAAUGACAUCAGGGGUGUCUCAGGGAGAAUGGAAACAGCCGUCUGGGUCUGAUGAACUGAAGAUUGGAGAAUGGAGUGGUCCAAACCAACCAAAUUCUAGCACUGGAGCAUGGGACAAUCAAAAGGGCCACCCCCUUCCUGAAAACCAAGGCAAUUCCCAGGCUCCCUGUUGGGGAAGAUCUUCCAGCUCUACAGGAAGUGAGGUUGGAGGUCAAAGCACUGGAAGCAACCACAAAGCAGGAAGUAGUGACAGUCACAAUUCUGGACGUCGAUCAUAUAGGCCUACACAUCCAGAUUGCCAGGCAGUCUUGCAAACCUUGUUAAGCAGGACUGAUUUGGACCCCCGUGUGCUUUCAAAUACGGGCUGGGGUCAAACUCAAAUCAAGCAAGAUACUGUUUGGGACAUAGAAGAGAUGCCAAGGCCUGAAGGAAAGGCUGAUAAAGGAACUGAGGGGUGGGAGAGUUCUACCAUACAGACAAAGAGCUCAGGGGGCUGGGGAGAUGCACCCAGCCAAAGCAAUCAAAUCAAGUCUGGAUGGGGUGAGCUCUCCACUCCAACAGAGUGGAAAGAACCCAAAAACACUGGAGGAUGGAACGAUUACAAGAACAAUAGUUCUAACUGGGGAGGAGGAAGACAAGACGAAAAGGUGACACCAUCUUGGAAUGAGAAUACCAACAAGGACCCAGGAUGGAAUGGACGGCCACCUAAUCAAGGGUGGUCUUCUGGCAAGAAUGGCUGGGGAGAGGAAGUUGACCAAACAAAAACCAGUAAUUGGGAAAGUUCAGGAAACAAGUCCAUGUCAAGUUGGGGUGAUGCUGGUCAAAAUGAGAUUGGGACUUGGGGUAAUGGUGGAAAUGCAAACUGUUCUUCAAAAGGAGGGUGGGAUAACAAUAAAAGAUCUCCAGCAUGGAAUGAUACUGGUAGACAACCCAAUUCCUGGAAUAAUCAGCAACAGCAGCACCAUCAGCAGUCUGAGGCUCCUGGCUCCUGGGGUCCACCGCCGCCGCCUCCAGGUAAUGGGAGGCCACCCAAUCCUAACUGGAACAGUGGGCCACAGCCAACUGCCGCAAAAGAUGAGGAACCCAGCGGCUGGGAGGAACCAUCUCCCCAAUCAAUUAGUCGGAAAAUGGAUAUUGAUGAUGGCACUUCAGCAUGGGGAGACCCUAGCAGUUACAACUACAAGAAUGUGAACCUGUGGGACAAGAACUCACAAGGCGGACAAGCUCCACGAGAACAGAAUCUCCCUACUCCAAGGACUAGCAAAUCAGCCACCUCAGUCUGGAACAAAAGCACACCUCCUGCUCCAGAUAAUGGUACAGCUGCUUGGGGUGAACCAAAUGAAACCAGCCCUGGAUGGGGUGAAGUUGAUGAUGCAGGGGCUUCUGCCGGUUGGGGAAAUGGACCCUCCAGUGCACCAAAUGCCAUAAAACCUAGUUCCAAACCACCUCAAGAUGGUUGGGGGGAUAAUGAUGGGCCAGUAUCAGGAACACGGCAUUCCAGUUGGGAAGAGGAAGAGGAGGGAGGAGUCUGGAACACAGCAGGCUCUCAGGGAAGCAGUUCCUCCCAUAAUUCAACAAGUUGGGGACAAGGGGGAAAGAAACCACAAAUUAAGUGUUCAUUGAAAGGAGGAAGUAGUGAUUCAUGGAUGAAUAAUUUAUCUGAUCAAAUGUCAAGUAUUGGAUUGCUGAAUCAAACUGAGGACGCUCCAGGCAAUAAGAUGGACCUUUCUGUAGGUGGACUCCAGGAUAAGAAGUUUGAUGUGGACAAACGAGGCAUGAAUCUCGGGGAUUUUAAUGACAUAAUGAGAAAGGGUCGGUCUGGUUUUCGUCCUCCUAAUUCCAAAGACAUGGGAACCCCAGAUAGUGGGCCUUAUUUUGAAAAGCUGACUUUGCCUUUCUCCAAUCAAGAUGGGUGCCUUGGGGAUGAGGCUCUCUGCUCUCCCUUCUCCCCUUCUCCCAACUACAAGCUAUCUCCCUCUGGUUCCACACUACCCAACGUCUGCCUUGGGGCAAUCGGCUCAGGGCUCAACCCCCAAAACUUCGCUACUAGACAAGGUGGCAAUCAAGGUCUGUUUGGAAAUAGCACAGCACAAUCGAGAGGAAUGCACCCGCCAGUGCAACCACUAAAUCCUUCACCUAAUAUCCGGGCACAAGUGCCUCCCCAAUUUCUUUCUCCCCAGGUAUCUGCCUCUAUGCUCAAGCAAUUUCCCAACAGUGGUCUGAACCCAGGUCUUUUCAACAUGGGGCCCCAGCUUUCUCCCCAACAGAUUGCUAUGCUGAGCCAACUUCCACAGAUCCCCCAGUUUCAGCUUGCUUGUCAACUCCUCCUCCAGCAGCAACAGCAACAGCAGCAACAGCAACAGCUGUUACAGAAUCAGAGAAAGAUUUCCCAAGCUGUGAGGCAACAGCAAGAGCAACAGAUUGCCCGUAUGGUGAGUGUUCUUCAGCAACAGCAGCGGCAACCUGGCAUGAAACAUUCUCCAUCCCAUCCAGUUGGGCCUAAGCCACAUUUAGACAGCAUGGUACCUGGUGGUCUGAAUGUGAGUCUCCCAGAUAUACAGACCAAAGGACAAAUUCCUGGAUAUAGUUCAGGUUUUGGCUCAAGUGGCAUGGAUUAUGGCAUGGUGGGAGGGAAAGAAACUGGAACAGAAUCUCGCUUUAAACAGUGGACUUCUAUGAUCGAUGGGUUGCCCUCUGUAGCUUCCCAAGAUGCGAAUAUGCACAAAAAUGGCACGAUUGUGCCCCCUGGAAAAGCCCGAGGGGGAUCACCCUACAGCCAGUUUGAUAUGCUCCCUGGUGACCCGCUGGGCAGCCACACAGGUCCUUCUGGUGAUAGUUGGUUACCUGCCAAAUCUCCACCAAGCAAGAUUGGAAGCAAAUCCAGCAAUGCCAGCUGGCCUCCAGAAUUUCAGCCAGGAGUGCCAUGGAAAGGUAUUCCAAACAUUGACCCUGAAUCUGACCCCUAUGUGACCCCAGGAAGUGUGCUGGGGGGUACAGCCACAUCCCCCAUUGUAGAUACUGAUCAUCAACUUCUGCGGGACAACACCACAGGGUCUAAUUCUUCCCUCAACACCUCGCUGCCUUCACCUGGUGCCUGGCCCUACAGUGCCUCUGACAAUUCUUUCACAAAUGUUCAUAGCACUUCAGCAAAAUUCAGUGAUUACAAAUCAACAUGGUCCCCCGAUCCCAUAGGACCCAAUCCCACUCAUCUCUCCAACAAGAUGUGGAAAAACCAUAUUCCCUCAAGAAACACUACAGGGCUGCCCCGCCCACCUCCUGGUCUGAGUAACCCGAAACCAUCCUCUCCCUGGAGCAGCACAGCACCCCGCUCAGUCAGGGGGUGGGGGGCACAGGAUUCGAGGCUUGCCUCUGCCUCUGCUUGGAGUGAUGGGGGAUCAGUUCGUCCUAGCUAUUGGCUGGUUCUUCACAAUCUCACUCCACAGAUUGAUGGGUCAACCUUGAGGACCAUCUGCAUGCAGCAUGGUCCACUGCUGACAUUCCAUCUGAAUCUGACCCAAGGCACCGCCCUUAUCCGAUACAACACCAAGCAGGAGGCAGCCAAGGCCCAGACUGCACUGCACAUGUGCGUUUUGGGAAACACUACCAUCCUGGCUGAGUUUGCCACAGACGAGGAAGUCAGUCGCUUUCUGGCACAAGCUCAGCCUCCUACACCUGCAGCAACACCCAACGCACCUGCAGCAGGCUGGCAGUCUCUAGAGACAGGACAGAAUCAGACAGAUCCAGUUGGACCUGCUUUGAAUAUUUUUGGUGGGUCAACAGGGCUUGGACAGUGGAGCAGCGGUGGUGGCGGCAGCAGUGGGGGCGACCUUGCUGGUGCUUCAUUGUGGGGCCCCCCAAAUUAUUCUUCAAGCUUGUGGGGGGUUCAAAGUGUAGAAGAUCCCCACAGGAUGGGAAGCCCUGCUCCCUUACUACCUGGAGACCUUCUAGGCGGAGGGUCGGAUUCAAUCUGAACUUAAAACUUUCAACUCUGACCUCGUGACCUUUUUUGGAACAGCAGCAGCACUAACUUGACCUUUUCUUUUUUUUCAACUUGCAAUAAAUACAUUUUAAAAGGAAAAAAGAAAAUGGAGAGAGAAAAAAGGUGGGUCAUUGACAGGACUGUCUGAGCACAUAGUUGCCUCCCUUAUAACUUCAGUUUUUUCGUUUGGAAUAUAAAUCCAAAAAGAGAACAUAUCACUCUUGAAAUACUUGAAUCAUGAACGCCAACUUAGAAAGACAAUGUGAAGCAAGUACACAUACCAUUUAAAUCUAAACACAAAAAUUUAAAAAAAUUAGUUUCUAGUUUUUCACUUUUUCAUGUUAUACGGAAGUUGUUGCUAAGAAACAUAUAUACUGAAAAAUAGCUUUUUAACUUUGUUUGCACUGGGUGUGUUUCCGUCCUUAGGUCUACCAUGUUGGGAUGGGUCAGGGUUCAAAAGAAUUGGGGGUGGGGUGGGAGGGGAAGACUUGACGGAGCCUCACUUUAAAAAACAAAAAAAGGAAAAAAAAACACUUUGUGAUUGGCUGGUUGAUAUAUACCAGUAUGUUCUGGCACAUGUAGCUGCCCAUGUGUGUUUGUUUUUGUGUGAGUGCGUGUGUGUGCAUGAUUGUGUGUGUGUAAGCAUUUCUGUCUUGGAAAGCUGCAUUGCUGUUGGUCAGCAACCUAUCUGACUAGACUCAUAAACUGAAUUAUGAUGGUGCCUGUGACCGAUGCAAAUCAAAUUGACCUGUGUUAAAAUGUCAGCUGGUGGGAUUUUUAUUUUAGCAGGGCAUUCAGUGCAGUACAGAUCUUGUUCUGACCCUGUCAUAGAGCAAAACACUGCCAUAUCCUAAGGAUUUGGUGAGAGGGGUGCCAGUGUGGGAGUCUGGGGCAGGGGGAGAUUCUGUUUUGCCUAGAAGUGUAUUUGUGUCUCUAAUGAGACUUUUGAGUGAACCCAAGCUUAUUUUUUAUGACAAGGCUUUUCUCCUUCCAAGUACACCAGAGGGAAAAGGGCAUCACAUUUCUUUGUGACAAAGACCUAUGUAAUGGUUGAGGCUUCUGCAAUCCUUAAGAAUCUAAUUCUGUAUCUGUUCCUCAAGUCUGUAUCUGAAAAUCCUUAUCUAUUCAUGGAAAAUCCACCAAAAAUUCAGGCCUAACUGUAUUUUCUUAAGUGAUUUGCUGUUUGUGACAAAACUAAAAUGUCAGUAGUUUGCUGGCCUAUCUUGUAUUGUGAAAGCACAUGCAGCAACAUUUGUUCUCUUUUCUCCAUGGUGAGCGUUACCUGUGCCAGGCCUAGGUGUAUUACAGCACCAGACCAUCACUGACAGAAACGUUUACUUACGAAUGUUCUUAAACCAGUGUGUACUUUGAGCAUUUUUUUCUCUGUGUAUUUUCCUGUGUAUGUCUUGCUUAGGUUUUGCUUAGGCAGGCAUAUAACUAGCAAAGACUUCUUUUGUUUAUAAAGUAUUGCACCUUUAUUAUUUUUACUUUUCCCUGUACUGUUGCUUUUUAAUGUUGGUAUUUAAUGAAAGGUUGUGUGUUUUUUGUUUGUUUUUAAACAUCAGUGUAGUAGUACUAUGGGCAGGAUAGGGGAGACCUAUAAUUAAUUCAGAAGAUAGCCAGUUUGUGUGCUGGGAUCAGAAUUGCUUCUUGUGAAGAAAGCUGUAGCAAACAUUGCCUUUACAGUAAGCAGUUUGUGGGGUGGGAAAGGAAGAGAAGAACAAGAAGGGAGAUGCAAGCAUCCUUCUUUGAAGUGUUAGAAAGUAGCUCUGGCUUUUCACUAGCUCUACAUUAUACUGAGUUUAAAAGUGCUGCAAUAUUCUGUACCAGCAAAUAUCUACCAUAUUCCAGCACUCAGAAGUAGCAGAUCAUAUUGUACAGGAUCACAACUCUCCCAUUCAACAGUUUCGCUGACAAAUACAGUGAUGUCUGGUUUUGAUCGCAAAAUUUCUUAUUUGCAUGUCGAAAGAGGAUAAGGGUUUGUGAAUUCUGUACAUGAACCCAGUGUCACAAAGAAGACUUAAAUAAUGGAAUUGCUACAUUUACAUCUGCCUGUUGUUUUGCUUUGUACCAAGUUGGGUGGUAAAUGUAGGCAGAUGCUUCAGAAACUGCAGCAUAUUUUGUGAGCCUUUAAAGUGUUUUCGCUUAUUUCUCCCUAUUACUCUUAUCUCAGAUUUGCAGCAAAAUGGUUUUUCCCCCAUUCCUGCCAGUUAGGUUUCCCUUACAGCCCCUAUAUAUGCCUGCUCCUAAUACAGUUGUAUUUGUCUCGGGGGCCUCAGUGUUGAAAACAUGCAGGAUAAACUAUUAACAAAAACCCUGAGCUGGGAGAACAUCAACAUGCAGCACCUCAUGGCCUGGAUAAGCAGCUAUGUGUUCCAAUAUGUGAAUUGACACACAAGCUGGUUCACUACUGUGUUACCACUCUCUCCCAACCUGCCCCAUGGUCCCUUUGCCUGCACUUUGGAUUUGUUAGUUCAUUGCGAUACUACGGUGAAAGCCGGGUGCUAGAGCCCCUCUUGUUUACAAGACAUAAUGAGGGAUUUGAAAUAUUUAAAAAAUGAAAAGCUAAAAUGUUCUUCCAUCACAAGCUUAAAGGGAAAAAAAAUUAAAACUUACAAAAAAAAGACCAAAAAGUGUGUGUGUGUGUGUGUGUGUGCGCAUAUAAAUAUAAAUAUAUAUAUAGAUAGAUAUAUAUAUAAAAGAUGAAGACUAACUCUGGGAGCAUUUAACAGUGUUUUUGUGUUUUAACAUUUAUUUUCCUGCUUUAAAUUUGCAAGCAUUCUCAGGAAUUCUAGGGUAGGAAGCCAGUUAUUGAAGAUGGUUUAUUUAACCUUACCUUAUCCUAGAUAGAUGGCUGUUUCUUUCUUAAAUUUUUACAAGUUCCUGAAUCUUAAAAAAGUUUUAAAUUUUUUUUUCUUUACAAAAAGCAAAAAAAAUUGAAAAACAAAGCCUAACAAACACAAACUCCAAUUGAUGUCAGAAGUGGGGAUCAAUUUUUUUAAAAAUACAAAUUGAUUGCAAAAGAACUCUCAAUAGCAGCAAGAAAAAUAAAUUAUAUUCUUUAAAAGUCCAAGUCGUGAGAAGAUUUAUACUUGUAGAGCUUAGUCUCCAAUGGGAGUGUAUGCACAGUUGUAUGGGGGAGAGGAUUGUGUGUGAAUGAAGCUAUAAUUGCCUAGUUAUUUCACAGUGAAAAAACAUGAAAUCUUCCUCCAAGCACCUUUUUAAACAUAUAUAAAAAUGCAGUUUGGUUUGACUGAGGAAGUUAGCCACAGUUAGGAGGAGGAGCUGGGAAUACAGGCUGGUACUUCUUGAAACUGCUUUUAAAUUCGAAAGAGUGCUUCAGAAAAGCUGUAUCUAUAUUGUGUACCAGUAAUGGAGCAGUUUUAACUUUCAUUCAUUUUAAAAACUGUAAAUGAGAAUGAUUAUGGAGGAAUUCAGUGAGGUGUACAUUAGAGAAAAACCUUGGCUGCCACUUGGUUGACUUUAAUCAUCAUUUUGAAGGCUUUGAUGUUUGCUUCUUCUUUUUUUUCCCCUUCCCCAUUUCUAAGCCAGAGAUCUUUACAUAGAGGUUUUGCAAUGUUGGGGGAGGUAAGAUAGUUAACAGUGCCAGCUAUCGGGAUGCCCAUCCUUAAGAACCAAUACACUGAAGCUCUGUUCUGGGAUGGAUAGCUCCUAGCUCCCAGCACAAUAUGAGAGAGAGGGUGACUUAAUCUGCUUCAAGUUUUUUUAGAUAGAAUGGAAUCACAAACCACUUUAGUGCCUUUGUAAUACACCCAUGCACCCUGCAAAAGGUGAGAGGACACAUGCAGUCCAGUCACUCCCAUGAAAUGAAUGAACCCAUUUUUCUAAAUUAAAAUAGUUACUCUGAGCAUGCUGAAAAGAAGCCUCAAAGGCCUGUCGUGCUAAGAGUUACAAAUGAUGUAAACGUCUUUCUUGGAAAUCUGAAGUGCAACUUCAUGCAUUACUAUUUUUUUGUUUUGAGAUAAGCUCUACAUUAGAAAAUCUUGGUUUACUAGAAUGCAUGGAGUGUGAUGCUAGAGUGUUGUUUUUUCCAGUGCAGUUACUUGGUUGGUGUGCUAAUAGCACCAAAACAAACUCAUACUGCACUUCAUGCAUUGCUGAACUCAUGCUGUCUUACACUAAUGCUGUCUCAAUGUUGGGAAGAUUAAGUAUAGUGUGAAGUAGUGCUUGGUGUUCUGUGAUAACAGCUGCCCUCUAUACCUGUAUGAUGCAUUGUUUCCCUCUAGUGCAAAUUGAAAAAGAUGCACCAAUUGAUGGUUAGUGUGAUAGGCCACUUAGGGAUUCCUUUCUGGGUUUUUUUUCUUUUUGAAAGAAAACUAUCUUAAUGCUUUGUCAGAGGCUUUGGUGUAUUAGCUGACAGACUCCCAGAAACCAGCUUUUUAUUAAAAUAAUAAUAAUAAUAAUAAUAAUAAUAAUAACCUAAACCUGUUACUUGACAAGACUCUUGACUGACAACUGCUGAAGAAGUUAUUACAGUAAAUGCUUUACUGUGUCAUAUUUAAAGCAUCCCUUACCUCUCAACAUUUCAACCUAUGCAGACUGAAGUUGCGUCGUAAUUUUUUUUUAAGUCAGCUAAAAUAUCAAAAUAAAACUUAGCAACCUUCCAUCCAUGUCUGAAAUGUCUCUUUUUGGACCACACUGGUAAUACAUGUUUCCAAACGCAUGUUCCUGUUUUGAAUCUGAUUUGCUCUCUCUGCCAGUGAGAGAUAUUUUUGAGAAAGAUACAUAAGCACCAAACUUUAAUUGAGAACAUUUUUUCUAGAGGAAAGACUGGCUUGUCUUGACUCAAAUGAGAAGUAGAAAUAUGCAUUAAGGCAAGCAAGGUUUUGCAGCAAGUAGUUAAAUGUGAGUUUUGCUACUUUCAAGAAGGAAUAAGAAAUCACAAUAGGCAGAGAAAAAAUUUUCAGUAGUUAAUGGUGUCAAUGAUGUUACCAUUAUUUUUUUAUGUGUAGACAUCUUAGAAUUUUUUGGUAUAUCCUCUGCAGCUUGAAGCCACGUGUCAAAUUAUUUCUGUUCUCAAAAUAACAAGCUUUGCAAUCCUCCAAGAAAGAGAAACACCUCAUAUCGAUUUAUCUUUCUUCCUUUUAGCCAUAUGUUGUAAAUGUAUAUAUCUAGGUUAAAAUUCAAACUUUAGUUUGUUACCUCUUCUGGUUCUUUGCUUUGCUUUGUUUAAAAUAUGGCUUAUGUUGCCGGCUUCAGAAUAUUGUUUGGAUAAGUGUCGUGUUUCCUCUUGUUCUAACAGCUUUUAUAUAACAAUACUAUGACAUUUCCAGAAAGCUGCUUAAUAUAAAAUGCUGAUAUACUCGGGAAGACUUGCAAUCUUUCUCUACAUACCUAUAAAAAUUUGAUGCCAUGACUUUUUCUUAGUCCUUGGUUCCUUUUGUCAAGGAAGAAGAGUAUGUCUCUCCUGCCACAUGACCUAAAACAUAACUUCACCUUGGCUGCAGUAUACAUGUCAGAAGAUUAGAAGCCAGUUUUCCUUUACAAUUAAUUGGGACACUUUCCCUCCUUGAAACUCACCUUUUGGGGUGUGUGUGUGUGUGAGAGAGAGAGAGGGGGGGGGGGGUUGGGUUGGUUGGUUGGUUGGUUGGUGAAUGUAAAUAGACCUUUCUGGUUUAACACACAUCUUUAAUGCUAGCUGUCCUCUACUGCUUUGACGAAUCUUGCAGUUUCUUUAGACUGAACUUCCUUUUCAUGUUAAGAUCACUUACAAUACCAGUGUAUAAAAUAGAAGUGUAUUGUUUCAGGAAGAGCGCACAUGUAUGUUAAUAUGGGCUGUUCUUUCAGAGUACACAGUUGAGUAGUGAAGAUCAUCCCCACUUAAAUGUAUUUGAAAGAAAAAUCUACAAUUGGUAUACACUUGUGCCCUUCAUAACUGUAGCAAUAUGUUUGUAUUUUGUUCUUGGGUAUUGGAAUUUAAUUGAAAAUAGGAAGCAGCUCUUCAAAAAUGAAAAAAAAUGCUCUUUAUAUACAACCCUAAUUAAUCAUACACAGCUUUGAUUUAAACUUGGUCUAUGGCAUCAGAUACAGCUUUGCUUGUUUAUGUGAGUAAACAUAGGGUGUAUAUAAAAAGGGGGCUUGCAGGCUCACUCAUAUAAAUCAUAGCUGGAGAGAUACAGUGCCACCUGUACAACCAAAAAAACACCUACAUCUAUGAAAACAUCAGAUUCAGUGUAAACUGAGGAUUAAUUCAAGAUUCUCCAAUGCUCUGAAGUACUCCCUUUUUUAGUUACGGCCGAUUGAGAUAAAAGCUUUUGUUCUCCCCUGAGAAGAUUCCACUUAGCUGGGAUACAUUGUUCCUUUACUAUAAAUACGCAACAGAAAAAAACACUCUACAGAUAAUAUAAAUGUUAUCCAAAAUGUAGUUAAAAUUUUGUAUGCUGAAACUAAUACAUGCUCUCAGGAGCAUGCAUUGAGUUGAUAUAUUAAAGGCACAUGUAAAGACUAUUGUUUUGGUUUCCCUAGUUUUCUAAAAGCAUAGUCAUUGAUACAACCUCCAUUGAUUAGCCUCUGUGUUUUUAAUAUAGGGAGCGAUAUGCAGUUGUAUGACUUGAUAGGUAUGUAAAACCUGCUGUGAAGCUGAACCUGCUGUGCACAAGGGUUAGGCAACAAAGACCUCAUACUGUUGUGUAAUAAUCUCUACUCCAGGGACAUUUUAUAGAAUUUCCUACUGUAGCAGUCAAUCUCAAAAGUUUAAAUCUUCUGUGAUAAGUUUUGAAAAAAUACAAUACCUUCUGAAUCUGAUCUUUAUAAUUUUAGUCAUACAGUUGUUAAUUAUGAACAUGUGAGGUUCUUAGACUCUGUAAGUGAUAUUUAGGCUAAGAAGAAUGAGGGAAACAUGAUGAAAAUAAGUCCUCUUAUCCUGCUUCAGAACAUUGUUAAAACAUCUGUAUGCAGUAGUCAAAGGCAUUAUGUCCCCUUCUGUGCCACAAAAGAGGACAACUUCUAACAGGUCUUGAGACUGACAGCCCCCAUACCCUUAAAAUGCUUAGCUGCUGUCAGACCAAUAUAGGUGCCUUUUAAAUGUUCUCCCAGCCAUAGGGUGUGUCAGUUCCAAAGGAAAGAUCCAUGGAAUUAGCUCUGCUCACAUGAUUAGAUCAUUUAGACACAGUCCCCAACCAUGUGGGAUCCUCUCACAGAUUAAAAUACCUCCCACAUGGCUGGGAGAACACUUAAUAGGCACCACAGACCAACCAAAAUUGAUAUGCAAUGUUAUCAAUAUACCUACUCCUUGUUUCUGUAGUAUAGCAUAUAUUGCAAAUCUCUCAAAGAAAUGGGCCACAGAAGGACAAAAAGAAUCAACCUCAACUAAGAGCCAGUUUCCUUUUCAUAUAGUUGGUGGUCAUGACACCUAGUUAGAGCCUUGUAGGAUGUUUUUGUAACUUAGCCAUAUAAUGGGAAUGUGUUUUUACUUGACCCUGACAGCCAAUUUAACACAAAUAACCUCCAGGUUAUUGAAGGCAAAGCUUUGUGCCAGGAAGCCUGCAUGGGUAUGAUUGGCUGUGUGUGGAACUGAAGAAAUUAGGGAUUUGGGGGAAUUUCCCAUGGAUAAACAACACAGAUGGGCAGUGUUGAGCAAGAAGUGUUUUUUUUAAGCGCUUAGUGCCUCAUCUUAGUGUACCAAUCAAUGCAUUCAAAUAACUAAAUUCCUCAUUUUUUACUAUGUUUUAACCAGGAAAAAUAAAUGCAACCUUUAACUAUUAGUCAUCCUUAUGGAGAUUGUUUAGCUUGCUGAAUAUUUUGUGUGUGAGUGUGUGUGUGGCAUGGUUGUGACUAUCAAGUGCUUUUCUUCUCCUCCCUUAUCCCAGCCAGAUUGGCUCACCACCACCACCCCUUUUAUAUAAAAUGUUGAGUGCUUUGCAGUUUGGGUGGGGGGGGCAGGGGCAUAAAGGAAAUAAAAGGGAGCCAAGGUAGAGCAGCCUUACUUUUAGGGAGUAGCCUUACAACAGAGCUUUAUAGUGAGGGUGUGCUGUAUUCCAAAUUUUGCAAGCCAAAAAUGGGGAAAAAAUUCAUUUAUGCAAAAGAGGUAUUAACUUCUUAAAGAAAUAUGUACCUUCCGAAGGUAGAGUAGGGUCUCACGAAGUGAUACAUUGUGAUGCUUCUUGCUGGGUCAGUAGGUAUGGGGUUUGGGAUAUAAGCGCUUAACAUUCCCUUGUGGGUUUUUUUGUUUUGAUUUGAUUUUUUAGUUUUAAACAAGCAGUAAGUUAAAAGUGGUAUCUCUGAAUGUGCCUUUGUGAGUAUGUGACUGUCGGUUCAAGGAGACUACUUGGGCUGGGCAGGGGGAGAUGAUGGUCAGUUUAUUCUCUCUAAAGGUCAAAUGCAAAGAUUCCAGCCUGCUGGUACCUUUUGACAGUGUCUUUUGGGGCUGGUCUCUAAGCUGCACAAUAUGCAGUUGUGUGUGGCAGAUGCAUCCAGGUGUGGAUGGGUUGUAAUUCACAUAAGUUGACAUUAUUUAGGCUAGCUCUCAGUUACUGGUUGAAUUUGUAUCUGUAUUAUGUAUCUAUUAUGUUUGUGUAUGUGGCUUGCUUUAACCAUUUUUUUGAAAGCACUGGAAAACUGAAACGCAGUGAUGUUUGAGACACAUUUAUGCAUGUAGAGAAGAAGGUAUUUUGUAGCUUCUGCCAUUUGUGGGUGUAGGCACACCUUUGCCCUCUCUGUCAGUGUCCUGAUGAUAGACAGAAACAAAUUCUACCCUAGAACUUCUAGCACACUUAAUGUUGCCAUUUAAAUGAACAGGGUAUUACACAAGAAAAUAAGAUGUUUUUGAAAUGGUGAGGAAGAAGUGUUUUUUUUUAAAAGAUAAAUCUAAUGUAAUUCUUUGUUUCUUUGAAGCUGUUUGUAGCUAAACAUGGGAAUCUGCAGUGUUUCCUUUCGUUUGUUCUUUUGUAUGUAUUCCACCUCUUCUUCUCCCCACCUCAAAUCCAAGGUGUACAAAAUCAAGAGCUGCUGUAGCAUCUCUCAGCUCCCUUCCCAAAUGAAAGCUCCAGCAGACUCUCUUCAUCUCCAUUCAGGAAGACAAAGAGAGGAGAGAUGCUGCAGCUUUCUUUGCUUCGCUCUCAUUCCUCUCUAAUGGCCUUGAAAUGUAUUAUUAUGCAAAUGUGAAUUUUGAUACUGAACUUUAAGAAGAGGUUGUUUCUUUUUCAAACAAAAAAAGGUCCCAUAUGUGGUCAGCAUUGCUUCUUUAUCUUGUAAGUGAAUUGUAAACUAUGCAUUCAGCAAGGGAUGGUUUGGGGGAGGAAGAAAGAGCCCUGCUAAUCUGUUUCUGUGUCCUUUGAAUUCCCAUAUUGAUAUAGGAGGAAAGAGGUUGGUGUCAUUGGAGGACUCUUUACAACCUGUCUCUUCAGAAGUUGACAUCUUUAACUACUAGGCAAAUUGAGGGGGAGGCAUAAAUAUAGACUAGCUUCAAAAUUAAAGUCAAAUCUACCUGUUCUGCAGGACUAUGCAUUCUUGCUAUGCAGUGUUAGAUCAAGGUCAGCAGCAUGACACACAACAUCCUAGUUUCCCCAAGGAGAGAAUUUACCACCACAAUGUCCUUCAUCAUCUUUGCAACCUCAGGAAAUGGCACCUCGGGCACUGUCUAGUGUUUUAUUCGGCUUGCUCUCCAUUACAACUGCCCAUGUUCCUCAGGAGAGUUGAAAUGUGGCUUUUCCCAUCUUGCUUUUCUAAACCUUUUGUCCUAAAAUUUUCUACCAGUUUCCAUAACAGAUGCAACUCAAAUAACAAGACCAACCAGGAAUUGCUGUGGAAUAUAUACUGUAGUGGCAUUAAUUCCUUCUCCUCUAAUACUAUUCAAAACUGGUCAAGGAAAACUUAGACAUGCUAGUGACCAUCUGUGACUUGCCUGGGUUAAUGCUACCGCUAAUGAAAUGGAGGUGGGUGAUAGCAGUAACAAGGGGAAAUUGAUAUGGAAGGCAGUCUGUGUCUUUAUGUGUUUUAAAGGCCUUCUAGAUUCAACUGUCCUUACUGGCGGGAAGCUGCUGUGAAAGGCAAAACAUUUCAUGUUCUUACCUCCAGAAUGUAAAGUCUGCUUCCUGUGUUCAUGGAGGUGUGUUGCCUUGACUGUCUCCCUUGGGUGUUGUGAAUGAUGGUAUCUGCCUUGGUUCCCCUUGGCAUUAUCUUGGAUGCAUUGUCAUAUUCAAGAUGUUCUCCUAAUUGUAAUUCAGUGUUUUUCAUACAGCAAUUUUUUGUUGGUGUUCACAGUACUGUAAUGAAUAAUAGACUUGAUCACUCGUUCUCACAUGCAUACUUGCCUUGCAGAUGUGACUUUAUAAGAAUUCUGCUCUGGUAGAUUGCCUUUUUUAAGAAACAAAAAAGGUUUCAACUCCUUGUCAUAAAAUACCUCGUGGUACAUAUUUACCUUUAAUAUAACCAGCCUUUAGAAAUUUUAUAUUCUGUUUCAUCCUCAGUGAGAUUUUAUUCUACCUUAACUUUCCCUGUAAAGAGCAGCUUGGGUUAGUGGUUUAAAGAUUGGAUUGUCAGCUGAAACUCUUUGAGUUCUAACCCUGACCUUUACUCUUCCCUCUUUUUGCCUUAGGCAAGAGUAAUUUCACUUCUGCCUCAGUUUCUGCAUCUGUAAAACUGAGAUAAUAAUACUUAUUACCUCACAGGGGUUUUGUGAGGACUGAUUAAAUGUUUUUGUAAAGUGCUUCAAAGAAAAGUACUUUUUAUAAGUAUUAUUAUAUGGAGGCAUAAUUAGCAGGAUCCCUCCCCUCUCGUGUUAUUCUAGAGGAAGCCCUGCAAAUUUCUGCUUUUUAACCAUCAGAACGUCAUACUCUGAACUACUUUUGACAUUUAGAAAGGAGUUUGUUUCAUGUUGCUUUAUCAUCUCCUUCCGUUCUAUGUCAGUCUUCCUCUUUUGACUACAUACAAAUAGCGUACAGAAAUGCCAAUCUUUAACAGGUACAUUUUAAAGAAAGUACACCUCUUCUUCAAUUGAAAUGUCUUAAGCGACUUCCCAUCUCUUACACCAGAUCUCUAAAUGGGAUGCAGCAUGUCCCCACCACCCUGGCCCACCUUUAGUUAGAUGUUAGUUUUUUAUCUGGAUUCAUCCUACCGUGGAAGAUGCAUCUCUCUUUGCCAUUGAGAAAGAAGGAAAGAUCACUGUGCAGUUUUUUAUUGCUAUAAAAUGACAAGAUUAUCCAGUAGUCUGCUUCAAGAUGUGGGUGCUAUCCCAGCUUCCUUCCCUGUUUAAGGGUGUUAAACAUGCUGCCUCAUUCCCAAUAUACACAAGCCAUUGUAUGCCAAUAGAGCAUGGAAGCAUUGCAGUGUAUAUUAAUAGAUGCUGCUUGUGAAUAUGCCUUACAGCCUUUCCAAUAUUUUUGUGGAGAGAGCAAAAGAGAUUUGGGGGAAAUUCCACAGUUGUCAGGGAACCUUUGCUACUUUCUCCCUUUCCUGCUCAUGAUGUGGUCACCACUUCUUCAUUCUUGGAUGUGCAUCUCAGGGAUGUGCAUGUUGAGCCCAGGAUUUGGAUUUGGAUCUUGGAAAACAUAAGGUUUUGUUCCAUUCUUUAUUUAACGUCUCCAUCUUGGACACUCCCCUGGUAUUUCCAUCUUUUGCUCUCCAAAGAGCAGCCCUAUUGCUUCUGAUCCCUGCACAACUGUUAGAUGAUUAGUAAUUUUUGAGAGAGCAAAUUCACCAUGAUGCAUAUGUAUAUUUAGGAGCUGUGCAUAAGUAUGCUUAUCCUAGAUUCUGCCUUUCACUUAGGGGCGGGGAGGGGCGGGACCUGAAGUGCAAACCCCUAACAUUAACAUAUAUUUGACAGCUUUGCUUUGCUAAUAAUUCUGCACUGCUUCCCUUGGAAAAAGAUGUAAAAUUUUAAAGUUUAAAAAGUAUAGGGUGAGAAACAAGGAAAGCAGUAGCGUGAAGAGUCUAGAACUACUUUAGCUUCCUCUAUCUAGAUAGAGACUUGAAAUGCUGCUUUAAUUUCAGAGCUCCUAAGGGGCUAUGUUUACAAAGAACUGAUCAGGCAACUGACCAAUGGUUGUUAUCCAUCUUAAGUGAAUUAAGUGAAUUUUGCUUCAUUUCUGAUAAGCAAGCCAUGUAGUAGAAAAUGUCUUAAGGGGGAAUUGAAGGUGAACUCCAACUAGCCUUAUUUGUGAAGCAAAUAAUCCUUUAUGUCUAAAAUAUCUAGAUUAGAAAGGGCAGUUUUUCUACUUUGCACAUAAAUAGGUAAUACGAAGGUAUAGCUGAAAUGCUAUUGCCUGAAACACUGUCCCUUCACCGAGCAGGCAUAAUAGUGGAUACAUGUAUUGAGACUCUUUGCGAAGAUACCUAUAAGUAUUUUUCCUUAUACUUGAAAUAAUUUCCCCUUCUCCAUUUAUCUGUUGGGCAUCCAAAAAUACAGUGCAAGACAAUGGGAAAUAGGAAAAGGCACAAUGUUAUUUUUCAUACUAAAGCUUAAUCUUAAUUUCUUCCCAUAUCCCCUUUGUUUACUUUCUAUCCUAGGGAUUCAGAUGGACACAGAAACUCAGCACUUGAUGUGCUCUUGCAUGGCAUGUUGCCCUCCCCUUCUCUCUCUCUUCUCUAUUUUUAUUUUAGUAUAGUGGUACUUAAAAUCACUGGUUCACUUAAAAAGACAAUAAAAUGUUUAAACUCUACUAAUGUACAAAUAAGCUGAAAUGUUGCAUUUAAGUGUAUUUUGCCAUAGCAGGUACUGUAUUUCUCAUGCUGGAUUUCAAACAAACAAAAGGGUGAUGUUUUAUUGGAGUGUGACAAGUUAAGAGUAAUAAGGAAUUAAGUCGUCGUCAUUUCAUUGCAAUUGAGAGAUGGUGUAAUACAUGUUACGUUUUCUGAAGGGUUUUUUUUUCUUUUUUUGCUUUUAAACGGCUUUUGUUUUUAUUUUGUUUUGUUUUUUAAAGAUAUGAUUGUAUUAUGUGCAACUCAGUUGCUUACAUUAUAACUACAAAAUAUUUUUGGGUUCCUGGAAAAAGAAAGACUAAUAAAUGUGUUUGGCUGCUAAGCAUUUAA